AGUUAGAAAGUGCCAUGGUUUUGGAACACAGCCAACGCUUACAAGAUACGUCAAUGACUGAAGCGACGGCAGCGCGAUAUCGGAAACCCGAAGUUAUUACGAAUAAUACGGAAAAUCCCGAGAAUUGCCGAAGCGAUUCAGUGACGUCAUGCUGAAGCAGAAGAGAUAAGACAGUCAAAAAAGUGAAGUUCUGUUUUCUAAUAUAUCCGCAUUUUGUGUAGAUAUCUUUGUUUGCUACGUGAUUUCAAAAAAUGUCGUACGCAUACCUUUUCAAGUAUAUCAUCAUUGGAGAUACAGGAGUUGGAAAAUCUUGUUUACUUCUACAAUUUACUGAUAAGAGAUUCCAGCCUGUUCAUGAUCUAACAAUAGGUGUUGAGUUUGGUGCUCGUAUGAUUACAAUUGAUGGAAAACCAAUCAAACUCCAAAUCUGGGAUACUGCAGGUCAAGAAGCAUUUCGUUCUAUUACACGAUCAUAUUAUCGCGGAGCAGCAGGAGCUUUAUUAGUAUAUGAUAUUACACGUAGAGAAACAUUUAAUCAUUUGACCACUUGGUUAGAAGAUGCAAGACAACAUUCGAAUUCUAAUAUGGUAAUUAUGUUAAUUGGUAAUAAAAGUGAUCUGGAUAAUAGAAGAGAAGUACGAAGAGAAGAAGGUGAAGCUUUUGCAAGAGAACAUGGACUUGUUUUUAUGGAAACUAGUGCCAAAACAGCAAUUAAUGUAGAAGAUGCAUUUAUUAAUACAGCAAAAGUAAUUUAUGAAAAAAUUCAAGAAGGUGUAUUUGACAUAAAUAAUGAGGCAAAUGGUAUCAAGAUUGGGCCACAACAUUCACCAACAAGUCCUAGUGGAUUAGCAGGUACUGGUGGUCAAGGAAAUACGCAAGGUGGUGGGUGCUGCUAGGGGCUGGGGGUUGCCUGUCCACCGCUUCAUCCUUCUCCAAUUUAAAUUAAUCUUUUUACUCCUGCUCCUCAUUUUAUUCUCAACCAAUUACUUUGUAUAUUUUUUGCGUGUGUCGCAUCAUGAGGUAACAAGUGACUCUAUUGAUGUAUUUAUUAUUUAAAAAAAAACAUAUACAUACGUAUUAAAUAGGAAUAUUAUAAGGGAAAAUGUUAUAUAUAUUGCUUAAAUCAUGAAACCUAAUAAAGUUUUACUUUACAGAUUCUGGCUAAUGUAAA